ACUUAAAGCCUCUUCUACACAAUACUUAACGCACAACACAUUUGCCCGAAAUCCUCUCACGCCUUCAUUCCAAGCAUCCAAUCCAACCACCUUCGUUUCAGUUCAACCAAAUAAUGGCAAACUAUCACUCCGACAAGAACAUCCUCAAGAGCACCGCUCUUCUCCAGUAUAUUCUGAAAGCCAACGCCUAUCCGAGGGAGCACGAACAGUUGAAGGAACUCAGGGAAUCGACGUUCAAUAAAUUUGAUAAGUCCGGGAGUGUGAUGAAUGUACCGGUGGAUGAAGGAUUGUUUCUAUCAAUGCUUUUGAAAUUGAUGAAUGCAAAGAAAACGAUAGAGGUCGGCGUGUACACUGGCUAUUCGCUCCUCACAACGGCGCUUGCAUUGCCCGCCGAUGGCCGGAUAACGGCAAUUGAUAUGGAUAGAAAACCAUUCGAAUUUGGUUUGCCAUUUAUAAGAAAGGCAGGAGUUGACCACAAGAUCAAUUUUGUGGAAUCCAAGGCUUUGGUUGCCCUCAAUAACCUUCUCAAUGAUGGCAAAAAGGAUUUUGAUUUUGCAUUUGUUGAUGCAAUGAAAUCAGAGUACAUAGAAUAUCACGAGUUGCUUCUAAAAUUGGUGAAGGUAGGCGGAGUAAUAGCCUACGAUAACACAUUGUGGUUUGGAUCAGUUGCACUAAGUGACAACGAGGUCGAUGAACAUUUGAGGGAGUCCAAAGUUCAUAUACAACGGUUUAAUGCUUUUCUAGUAAAGGAUUCACGGGUGGAAAUAGCUCUCCUCUCCAUUGGAGAUGGUGUCACUCUCUGCAGGCGCAUCAAAUAAUUUACGUCAUCUUUCCUUUUUAUGGUUAUAAAGAAAAAUAUGGACAAUAUCUGAUAAUUUUGUGUAUUUCGUUGUGUUUUUCAAUCGUAUUAACAUUUGGAGGUCUACUUGUAAUCAACAAACGCAUGUUGAUUGUCAAAUUGAAUCGUUUAAUCGUAUUUUAUCAUUGCAGCUACA